AACCCUGAAUGGAUUUCAUGAUUCGGAAAAUGUGCUUUUACAAGCAGCAUUUUCGAAUCUUAACCAUUUGGUAGCAAGUCGUAGAAGAAAGCGUUACGCUUAGAAGGCCUAUAUUUGGAAGGAAAUAAUUAAGAACAAUCCAACGACUGGAAUAAAAUAUAUUACUUUGUUUUUUUUUUUACUCAAACGUAAUUACGUCUUUGGGAUAAAUUGUGUGCCAAAACACUACACAUCUUCAUACAUCAAGUUCAUUUACCUGAAGUCCACAAUGUCUGCGGCCGUUGUACCCACAAAUGGUUUCAAACAAACCAAUGGUAAUGGUAUGGCUGACGAAGACCUCCAGGAUGGUCUUUCGUGUUCCGAAUUGUUCGCCACCACUGAGGGGUUGACAUACAAUGAUUUUCUCAUACUGCCCGGUUAUAUUGAUUUCACUGCCGAAGAAGUUGAUUUGAGUUCACCGUUAACAAAGAAGAUAACGCUACGUGCACCCCUGGUGUCUUCUCCAAUGGAUACUGUGACAGAAUCAGAGAUGGCCAUUGCAAUGGCGUUGGGUGGUGGUAUUGGUAUUCUACACCACAACUGCACACCAGAAUAUCAGGCCAAUGAAGUGCACAAGGUUAAGAAAUACAAGCACGGCUUUAUACGCGAUCCCUCGGUAAUGUCUCCCGAGAAUACAGUCGGUGAUGUUUUAGAGGCUAGACGCAAAAAUGGAUUCACAGGUUAUCCCAUUACGGCCAAUGGCAAACUGGGUGGAAAGUUAUUGGGUAUUGUGACGUCACGUGAUAUUGAUUUCCGUGAAAAUCAGCCUGAAAUCAAAUUAGGCACCAUAAUGACCACUGAUCUUAUAACAGCUCCCAAUGGCAUUAACCUACCCAUGGCUAAUGACAUUCUGGAAAAGAGCAAAAAGGGUAAAUUACCCAUUGUCAAUGAGAAUGGCGAAUUAUUGGCCCUUAUAGCUCGCACUGAUUUGAAAAAGGCUCGCUCAUAUCCCAAUGCAUCAAAAGACAGCAACAAGCAGUUACUUGUUGGCGCUGCCAUUGGCACCCGGCCCGAAGAUAAAGACAGACUCAAAUUGCUGGUAGCAGCGGGUGUGGAUGUUAUUGUUUUGGAUUCGUCGCAGGGCAAUUCCAUUUAUCAAGUUAGAAUGAUCAAAUACAUUAAGAGUACCUAUCCAGAAUUGCAAGUCAUAGGUGGAAAUGUCGUUACCCGUGCCCAGGCUAAAAAUCUCAUUGAUGCUGGCGUUGAUGCUUUGCGCAUUGGUAUGGGAUCUGGUUCCAUCUGUAUCACCCAAGAAGUAAUGGCUUGCGGUUGUCCCCAGGCUACAGCAGUCUACCAAGUAGCCACCUAUGCACGACAGUUUGGCGUUCCAGUUAUCGCCGAUGGAGGCAUCCAGUCCAUUGGUCAUAUUGUCAAGGCUUUGUGUUUGGGUGCGAGUGCCGUCAUGAUGGGUUCUCUAUUGGCCGGAACUUCUGAGGCACCCGGCGAAUAUUUCUUCUCUGAUGGUGUACGUCUAAAAAAAUACCGCGGUAUGGGUUCCUUAGAAGCCAUGGAAAGGCGUGAUGCCAAGGGUGCCGCAAUGUCUCGUUACUAUCACAACGACAUGGACAAACUAAAGGUAGCACAAGGCGUUAGUGGCAGUAUUGUUGACAAAGGCUCCGUCCUACGUUAUCUGCCAUACUUGGAAGUAGGUCUCCAACACAGUCUACAAGAUAUUGGCGCCCGUUCCGUUGACGAAUUGCGCGCUUCCAUCUACACUGGCAAGUUACGUUUCAUGAAACGCACUCAUUCCGCUCAAUUGGAGGGUAAUGUACAUGGCCUGUUCUCAUACGAGAAGAGGCUCUUCUAACAUUCACUCCCCUGCACACAAGGGGUAACAAAGAAAACUAAAAUCAGCAGCGGUAGCAGCAGCAGCAGCAACCUAAUGGAACCCAUGACAAGCACUAGCGUCGGCCGAAUGGAAACCAGAAAUCUAUCUAUGGGUGGCAGUAUUUUUGGGACACAUUGUAAACAAGACAAAUUUCCUGUGAAACGUGGUGCAUACUAAAGCAAAAUCAAUACAAACGAUCUAUGUACUUAUAUAUGUUGAAUAAUUUAGAAGCUAAACUUAAAGACGCUAUUAAAUAACUGUAACCACCUACGAGUAUCGGAAACAGUUCUAAAGCUAA